CAGAGAUGACACCAGGCCGCCGGCCCGCGUCGGCCUCACUCCCGCCCCGCCCGCGCAGGUCGCCGGUGCGCUCGCAGUCGCGUCCGUCCCAGGGGACACGCCCCGCCUCCUGCGCUCCGCCCCUCGCCGCACCGCGCCCCGGUUCCCACGGCGCCGCCUCCGGGCGCCGCGAAAGAACCCGCCCGCCCUGCAAGCAGUCCCGCCGGGCCAGGCCUCGCGAACAUGGCGCUUGUCCCCUGCCAGGUGCUGCGGGUGGCCAUCCUGCUGUCCUAUUGCUCCAUCCUGUGCAACUACAAAGCCAUCGAAAUGCCCUCCCAUCAGACCUAUGGGGGGAGCUGGAAGUUCCUGACCUUCAUUGAUCUGGUUAUCCAGGCGGUCUUCUUCGGCAUCUGUGUGCUGACGGAUCUCUCCACUCUCCUGACCAGAGACAGCGGGAACCAGGAGCAAGAGCGACAGCUUAGGAAGCUCAUCUCCCUCCGGGAUUGGACGCUGGCCGUGCUGGCCUUUCCUGUCGGGGUUUUUGUUGUCGCGGUGUUCUGGACCAUCUAUGCCUACGACAGAGAGAUGAUAUACCCAAAAUUGCUUGACAACUUUAUCCCAGGGUGGCUGAACCACGGAAUGCACACGACGGUUUUACCCUUUAUAUUAAUCGAGAUGAGGACAUCCCACCAUCAGUAUCCCAGUAGGAGCAGCGGACUCGCCGCCAUAUGCACCUUCUCCGUGAGCUAUAUAUUAUGGGUGUGCUGGAUACAUCAUGUCACCGGCAUGUGGGUGUACCCUUUCCUGGAACACAUUGGCUCAGGAGCCAGGAUCAUCUUCUUUGGGUCAACAACAAUCCUAAUGAAUUUCCUGUACCUGCUGGGAGAAGUCCUGAACAGCUACAUCUGGGAUACACAGAGAACAAAGCCUCCUUCUUGGCAAGACACACAAUCUUAUCUAAGCUGUGGCAACCCUGUUCAAAAUCUAUGUAAGAAUACAUAAACGCUGGAAGGUGGAAAGGCAAGGAUUGACCAUGUAGUGAUCUGAACCCUGCAUGAAAACACACCCAGAGGCUGGUAUGGGGGUUUCAGAGAGAUCUGGACAUCUCCUUGGACACGGUCCGCUAUUCGAGAUGGACCUGUAAAUGGACUGCGAUCCUCCAGUGUUGAGCACCUGGCUAAAGGCAGUUGCUUUGCAGGAGCUCAGUCCUCUCGUCUAAUAAAGUAGUGUUUGCAUAGUCGUUGCAUCCGAUUGCUUUGUGCGUGCUUUUUCUGAGACCGUGUGUGUCAGCGCGUCAGCCAAUGCUAGGUGGCCCCCUUUUUAAUCCAUUCUGACCAUGGCUUGGAGAACCAGACAAUAAUCUUCUCAAGACGUUUCCUCCAUUCAACAGAAGCAACAAUUCUUCUCUUUUAAGUUUAGACUUAUUUGGCGCCUUAAAAGUGUUCCUGAAAUAAAAUGCAAGACUGUUUCCUCACCAUCGUCAGAGAAUGCCUAUAGUUAGGUUUAAACUAAGAUGUGCAGUUCAGAAAAAAAAAAUUCUGGCUUCCUCUAUCCCCUGGAUGUGCUCAAUUCUGGCAGACAUUUGACCGUAACCCUGCUACUGCCUUGAGUAUACGCCUGAAUGACAGAAGAGAUAACUACCCAAUCUAGACUAGAGAGUGUUGCUUACCAGCAGCAUUGAAUAAAGAGUUAAAGAUGAAGGGCAACACUGAGUUUUCUGAGCUGUUUGUGAGGCUGAACUGGUUUCUGUUGUUUUCUUGCAUGACAUGCAUGAAAACCAGUCACCAAUUUAUAGCUUAUUUCUGUUUAGAGAUUAAUUUUGUCUACAAUUAUUUAGUGGAGCCCCUAGGAGCUGAUGUUUGUGACAAACCAGCAUCUUCCCCCUGCUGGCCUUUCCACAACUGUGUGUGUGUGUGUGUGUGUGUGUGUGUGUGUGUGUGCGCGCGCGCGCGCACGCGUAUUAAUAUGUUCAUCUGAUGCUCAUAUGCCUCCUCUGCCACUGGUAUUGCAUUUUCAUGCAAAUAUGCUCCUCCCCCUUUUAAUAUGUGUUCUGGGGAUCAAUCAGGAGCCCUCAUGUUUGCUAGGCAAGUACUUUGCUGACUGAUCCAUUCCUCUAGUCCUUUAUCCUAAAUUUACAUGCCAAAAAUUUCAUUCUGUCUAAGUAGUGGGAUUUUUUUCAUGCAUCAACACUUUAAAAUUGGAAAUUUUCAUAUUAUAGUUGGACUUCCUCUCCUUACCAAGUACUCUAAGAUCUGGUGACACUGGCCCCACUGUUCCUUCUGCCAACAUUGGGUUUGAACUGAGUAUCAGUUACCACUUCUUUUAGUCGUCUGUCUAACUUCCCCUAAUUUUCAUCUGGUACUUAAGUCAGUCAGUUUCACAAGUGAGUUUGACACUGCAGAUUAAAACCAGUGUAGGCAUGCAUGGACACGUGUGUCCGUGUGGGGGGGGGUUGCAUGCUCACACACCUGAACAUACGCUUGUAUAUAUGCAUGUACAUGUUGACCACUGUUUACACAUACAGUACAAAAUAAAUAAAUAAAAUUUCUUGCUACAAAUCAGUUACUAUAAAAUUUCACAGUGAGGAAUACGGCAUACAAGGUAUAAAAUGCCUUCCUGGAUUCCUUAGUGGUUUUUAAUGACUCAAAUUUUCUGAGUUUAUUCUACAACUUCAAGAUGAAAAAAAAAAUUGCAGACUAUGACAGCUAGAGGUAGAGAUGUCCUAGAGAUUAUUUGAAACCAUCCCCCACAUACAAAGGCAGCUGAGGCCUGUGAGUGACCUGAAAUAGUCACCAGCAAAGCCAGUGUCUUCCACCCAAGCUUCAGCCCCUUGUCACUUCUAGUGAACUAUCAGAAAGUCUCAGUGUUUUAGAAACACAGAAGAGGCCCACCUGCUAGGAAAUACAAGCUUUUAAAAUAAGUUAAGUUAAUGAUCAGGUAUUUGUUCUUUUUUAAAUAAAGUGGCUCUGUGAGAACUGUUUGUGUUUGCGCUGAUAAAAUACCACAAGCUGGGUAUCUUAAACAAUAGGAAGAGACUGUCUGACAUAUGGAUACCACAAGUUCAAAAGCAAUAUGGUGUCGGGAUUGGUUCCUCAUGAGAUCCUUAAGGGAAAGUCUACCACAGGCCUAGCCUGGGCUGAAAGUUGUUCAUCUUUAUGCUCAGAGAUGCACCCCAUGCAUGUGAUAUGAUCUUUCAUUUUACCUCUUUUAGAAUGACACCAGUCAUAUUUGGCAACACUCACCCUAAUGGUUUCAUAUUAACUUUGCUAAGACCUCAACCAAUUCAAAUUAUUUCUGAGACAGUGGAGAUUAGAAAUUCGACAUUACAAAUCUGGGACUCUAUAGAAUUCAUCCUGUAAUAGUCCCUCUGCCAUAAAUGUCUUUGGUCCAUGUAAAAUAUCUUCUCCUCCCUC